AUGGGAAAGGCAAAGACAGCCGCAAAAUCGACGAAAUCUUCGGCGAAAUCAGGGCCGCCUUCGAAAAAAGCGACGAACUCAGCCUCUAAGAAGACAACGAUGAAAACAAAGACGCUUACAACGACGAAAGUCGUCGAGACAACGCUCACACGCAGCGAAGUGACCAGCAAAACAGCAACGACUUCUAAGCCCGCAAUCAAAAAGGCAACGAAGGAAGCUCCAGCUUUGAAAGCUCCACCCAAACAAGCCAACCCACUUCCAGUUCAGAAGAAAACUGCGUCAGGUAUGAAUACUACUCAAUCGGCGACGAAAAAAGCUUCUGCGAAGCCGGCUCAGGCGAAGAAAACCGGCAGCGCAUCGAAGAAGCCAAAAGAACCUGCGGGAAUUACGAUUACGCUCCCGGGCUCUGGAAAAGGGAAACCAAUGACGAUUACGAUUAAAAAAUAA